AUGGGGCCCCCAUUCCCGUGCGCGGUCCUCCUGUGGCUCCCAGGCUUCCUGGCCGAGGUGAGCUGCCUGACCCCCCUGGGGUCCCCGGAAGAGCAGCCACUCCGGGCCCACACCAACGCGUCCAGCUUUGAGUUCCAGGACCUGGUGCCGGGAAGUCGCUACCAGCUGGAGGUGACAGCCCUGCGCCCCUGAGGGCAGAACACCACUGUCAUCCGCACUGCCCACACAGCCCUGUUGACGGUCCAGGACCUGCAGCUCUGUAGCUUGGGGAGCCCGUCCCACCUGGAGGCCUUGCGGGGCGCUGCCCCCGGGGGGCAGAAUGGCUACCAGAUUCUCUUCUACCACCUGGAGUCGCAGACAUUGGCUCACAAUGUGUCCGCGUCCCCGGGCACCCUGUCCGACAAUUCUAGUGACCUCUUACCCGGCAGCGAGCACACUCUGGAGGUUCCCACCUGGGCUGCCGACCUCCAAGCGAAGCCCAGCAUCUAUCAGUGGACAGCGCCUGUGCCUCCAGCUCAGCUGACGCUGCGUGCGCCAGGUGCCAGUGCCCUGCAGGUCUCCUGGAAUGACUCUGGGGUCGCCGCCGGGCUGCGUCUCAUGCUCACAGACCUCCUUGGCGGCUCCAACCUGACGGCGGGGGUCACACGGGGCAUCUCCAGUCACACCUUCGCUCGCCUCUCUCCGGGAACCCCCUACGAGCUGACACUCAGCACUGUUGCCGGGCCCCAUCUGGCGGCGAGGCCCAACGCCACCGAGUGGACCCAUCCCUCAGUCCCCCUGGACCUGGUACUCGCUCCCCGGCCCCCCGAGCUCUGGGCCACCUGGAAGGCAGGGCCGGGGGCCCGGGAUGGCUACCUGCUCAGGCUAAGUGGACCGGUGGAGAAGACCAUCACGCUGGGCCGGGCCCUUAAUGCCACGUUCCCGGGGCCCCUGCCCACUGGACACUACGCUCUAGAGCUGAGGGUUCUGGCCGGGCCCUAUGACGCCUAGACCCAGGCCAGUGCCUGGCUGGAGGGGAGUCUGCACUGGCGGGAUGCUGCAGCCCAGCGCCGGAAAGGCAAUGGUACCGAGCUGCCCCUGGAUGGGCUGGAGGCCGGCAGGGAUCCUGGGACCCAGGUACUGCCCUACACCCAGGGAGCCCCCAGCCUCCUCGGAAACAUCGCUGGGCCACCUGCACCAGGGCAGCGGGAAGCCUACAGGGUCGGCUGGCGCCAGGAGGGCAACCAGAGCUCUCUGGGCGGUCUUGUCGCGUUGGGCCCCGAUACUUCCGGCCUGACACUGAGGGGCCCCGUGCCCGGCUCCUGCUACACCAUGUGGCCGGCUCCGGGCACCGAGUUCCUGGCGUGGCUGUCCACCCUGCAGGGGCUGGACAAGAGCAGCGGCACCAGUGCCACAGGCUGGACACGCCUCUGGGCUGACUACGGUUGCUCCCUCGGGCACCAGGACACCCCUCGCCCUGGCCGAGAGUCCCCGGGGCCUGGCCCUUCUGGCACCAGGAAGGCGGGCAGAACCUGGGCUUUGCUCCCGGGCGGUGGCAUGGGCUGGGCCCUCGAGCUCUCUCACGACCAGCGGCGGGGAGCCCCCCUCGCCCCCCCUCUGGUAAGUGUGGCCAGUGAAGGCCCCCCCCAGCCCUGGGCAUCCUGGGUCCACACGCCGUGGGGCCGGGACGGCUACCGGGGGACCCUGUACCAGGCAGGCGUCCCGGUGGGCUCCAGCCCCGUGGGGGCCCAGGUGGAUGGUGCCAGUCUCUCAGCUCUGACUCCGGGCACUGAGUACAAGGUGCAGGUGGUCGCACAGGCCGGGCCCCUCCGUGUGGCAACAGCCGGUGCCUCUGGCUGGGCCUCCCCACUGGUGCCCACCAAGCUGCUGGUGUCCAUGCAGGCGGGCAGUGCUGUGGUCAGCCUGGCCUGGGCCAGCGGCCGCCUGGGGCACGGAGUGUGCCACACGCCUGGACUCGACCUCUCCCUGUCCGUGCUGUGCCCGGCGGGGCCGCUCCAGGCCUCCACGCACCUGGUGCUGCUGCCCGUGGAGCCCGACCCAGUGGAGGACGUGCAGUGCCAGCCCAAGGUCGCCCGCCUGGCCCUGGCCUGGAUGGUGUCCAAGGGGGACGUGGACACGUGUCCGGUGGUGGCGGAGCAGCUGGCAGCAGGAGGGGACGCCCACCUCGUCUUCCAGGCCAACACCUCUGGGGAUGCCCUCCUGCCGUCCCGCCUGGAGCCCGCCACGUCCUACCGCCUCAGCCUCUCCGUGCGGGGCAGGAACGGCCUGUGGAGCCGGGAAGUCACCGUGGUGUGUGCCACUGCUGCCGAGGCCUGGCACCCCCCACCCCCGAGCUGGCCGAGGCCCCAGCUGGAGCCUGAGAUGGGGAUGGAUGCGCUGAUAUCCCAGGGCAUGUUUGGCGAGGACGACGGGCAGAUCCAGAGCUAUGGCGUCAUCGCCACCGCUAACAUGCCACCGGCACAGCCUCCCUGUGACGCCAUCAACCACACCUGGUACGACCAACACUACGGGGGACGUGACUCCUACCUGGCCGCCCUGCUCCCCAGCCCCUUCUACCCGGGGCCCUGGGCCGUGCCGACGUCCUGGAUGGUGCCUGUGGGAACAGAGGACUGUGGCCAGACCCAGGACGUUUGUAAUGGGCAACUCAGGCCGGGUUCCCGCUAUCGGUUCAGCGUUGCAGCCUUUACCAGGUACAGCUCUGAGCCCCUCAUCUCCUUCUCAGCCUUCUCAGAGCUGGGAGCCCCAGAGCCAGCGAAGGAGGUGCUCCUGGUGGCAGCCCUGACCUGGGUGCUCAGUAGAGUAGCCCAGGGCACGUGGCGACCGUACUGGACGGAGCAGCUCCAGAAGGGUGGUCCCCCCGGCAGCCUUCUCUGGCCUCGGUUCGGCAUCUGGGACUUCCUUCUGCAGGAGCCCCUCCCAGCAGCGGUGGGUGUCGCAGCGGGCGGUGGCCUUGCGCUUGGCGCCUUGCUGGGCCUGCUGUGCUGGAGGUGAGUGCAGGGGCGGAGGUCGGAGAAGAACCUGUGCUCCCAGGAGCUGGUCAACCUGUGGACCCACUGGCCCAUCCCUGCCCACAGCUUCCGACAGGGCUACGAGGCCAAGAGCACCUGUGCCCACCGCUUUCAGGAGUUCGAGGAGCUGAAGGAGGUGGGCAAGGGGCAGCCUAGGCUGGAGGCCGAGCACCCUGCCGACAACGAGAACCGCUACCCUCUCGUGCUGCCCUAUGACCGCUGCCGGGUCAGGCUGACCCCGCUGGACGGAGAGCCUCACUCUAAUUACGUCAACACCAGCUUCAUCCACCAGCAGGGCUACACCCGCCCACAGGAGUUCAUCACCACCCAGGGGCUUCUGAAGAAGACCCUGGAGGACUUCUGGCAGCUGGCGUGGGAGCAGCAGGUCCGGGUCGUCAUGCUGACGGUGGGCAUGGAGAGUGGGCGGGUGCUACGUGAGCACCACUGGCCAGCCAACUCCACCCCUGUCACCCACGGUCACAUCGUCCACCUCCUGGCCGAGGAGCCCGAGGACGAGUGGACCACGCGGGACUUCCAGAUGCAGCACGGUAGGGAACAACUGCAGUGGACAGUGAAGCAGCUGCAGUUCACCACCCGGCCAGACCACAGCGUCCCCGAGACCCCCAGCUCCCUGCUGGCCUUUGUGGACCCCGUUCGGGAGAGGAGCGGGGCCCGUCCUGCCCUGGGCCCUCUGACCCUCAGUGCAGGCGUGGGCCGCUCGGACACCUCUGUGGCCCUGUCAGGGCUGCUGCAGCAGCUGGGGGAGGAGGAUACAGUGGACGUAUUCCACACGGUGUGCUCGCUGCGCCUGCACCGGCCCCUCAUGAUCCAGACCCCGAGCCAGUACAUCUUCCUGCACGGCUGCCUCCUGAGCAGGGUCCUGGAAGGGGCUCCCUGGGCCGAGGAGACCAAGAGCGGGAGCUGGGCAGCCUCCGGCACCCCCGACGCGGCCCGCGCCCCGCGCCCCGCCCAGGCCGCAGCCCAUCCCCGUGCGGCGCUUCCUCCCCAGCUUCCGCUCCAGGCCCUCAAGGACCAGGCCAGCUCUGCGAUGCCCUCUCCUGGCCGUGGGCAGGACGGCAUGGCCUCCCACGGCUGUUGUCACGGGCGGUCCCCUCUGGCAGAGGACGGCCCUGCUGGAGAGAUGCCCGCAGCCUGGCUCUUCCCCGUGGGACCAUGCCCUUGGGCCAUUGAGCUCUGGGAGCUGGUGUGGGAGCACGGGGCUCGCGUGCUGGUCUCCCUGUGCCUGCCAGACCCCCGGGAGAAGCGGGGGAGCAGGAAGGAGGGGCCGGUGCAGAGGCUGCAGCUGCCGUGUGGGGAGCCGGGCAGGAGCUCCCCACCAUGA